UAAAAAACCCAGAGAGACGGAACACCCCUCUCUUUCCCAAACCCGCGCCAUCAUGGCCAUGCCUCCUCCAUCUCCUCCGCCACCUUCCUCCUCCGCCCCAGGAUCAGAUCCACUCCAUCCUCAUCUCCUUCCAAACACCACAAUCCCUCUCUCCUCAAAUCCCAACCGUCCCUUCAUCUCUUCAGCAAUCUCUCCUUCUCCCACUCCUCUCUACACAGCCCAACCCCUUCCCGUUCACGCCAAGGCCGCCCAAAUCCAUCCUUCCCACCUCGCCAAAAUCCAAGAUUCCUCACCUCCUCCUUCCGUCAUCCCUCCGCCGCCGCAGGGGAUCGUCUUUCCGGUCUCCGCCAAUCCCCGUGGAUUUCAUCCCAGGGCCAUCAGAUCCUCUCAGCCGUCCGAUCAGAUGGUCACCGUCGCGAAUUCGGUGGGGUACCCGCUGGCAUCUGGCAGGAACCCGUUGCUUGUGGAGUUCCCAGGCCAGGUUAGGGCUUUCGGGUUCUCCACGGAGCAUUCGAUGAGGCCGCCGCCACCGCCUCUGGUGCAGGGCUCGUAUGUUGUGCCUCGGUCGAUGGGGACCGCCAAUUCGGGUGGUAUCAAGGGCGUUUCUGGCAUUCCGCAUCCGAAGGUCAAUCAGCCCUCAGCCAUAUCUUCAACUUCUGAUUAUAACAGCUUCAAAGAUUUGAGGGAUAAGAGUAAAGAUGAUGCUGUUGUGACAAUUAAUAACAGGAAAGUUAGAUUAUCAGAUGGCGGUCCAGACUCUCUUUAUGCACUUUGCAGGUCGUGGGUACGGAAUGGUUUGCCACAAGAAAGUCAGCCACAAUUCGGUGAUGGUAUAAAGCUUCUUCCAAGACCCUUACCUGCAUCCAUGGUGGAUAACCGCUUGUUAAAAAGAACUGAACCUGAUGAAAAUGAAGAAUCUUCAAGAAAAGAUGAGCAUCCAGGUUCUGUCGAGAACUUAUCAGCGCGUGAUUUGUUAGAGGGACACAUAAAGCGUGCUAAAAGAAUCCGGGCACAACUAAGGGAAGAACGGUUGCAACGCAUCGAUCGGUACAAGCAGAGGCUUGCUCUUCUGCUACCCCCGCCGGUCGAGCCGGGCAGAACUGAUACAGUGGCUCCCAGAAGUUGACAUGCGGUGAUGUUUCCUAAUGUCCUCCGGAGUAUCCUAGUCUCUCAAUCAGAGACCCCACAUGCUUGCCAAAUGCAUUGAUAGGAUGGAAUCACUACAUGAAGAAAGGUGAGCAGCAAAAGCACUAGGACUAGCUGGCGUAUCUGUGCAAUAUAUACAAAUGGUUUUUGGUGGGGUCCAGAUCUAAGUGGGACAAGGAGAAGAAGAUGGGCCGUUCUGAAAGAGUGAGGUUUUUCUAUCUUCAUUUCCUUUGUCGUUUUCUGUUGUGUAUUUGGGCUUGGUUUCUUUAAGCCAUUUUUAUAAUAUUUUCUGAUCCGCACAUCACAUGCAACCGUUGUAGGAUUGCAUCCCAAACUGUAUGUACGUAUUCAUGUGGAAGAGCUCUGGGUGUUGACAA